CACAAAGUGGGUGUCACCAAUUGCGGUCCCAAUGAGUGAUGAGCGACCUGCAAAGCGUAUCCGACAAGCCUGUGAGCAAUGUCGACGCAAAAAGAGCAAGUGCUCCGGGGAGAGACCGGUGUGCAGUACCUGUUGGCGGCUCGAGCAGCAUUGCUACUACUAUGGAGAGCCACUACGGCCGGCGUAUGACUCCAUGGUCAAUGUACACAGUGCAAACACAGCGCCAUUUACACCAGCUCCUAUGCGUGUCGCAGGCAGUCCACAGGACCUGGACGAUCGCAUGGUAACGCUAGAAACGACUGUGAACACGAUCCUGGACACGCUGCAAUCAAACGGGGCUACUGCCCAAUGUUGUAACCACUACGAGUCCGCCCCAGGUGUACAUAGCGUGCGCGACGGCAUCAUCCAGUCUCCUAUACCACCCCUCACAGCGAUCAUUGGCAGUCAGCCAGCAUCGAGACAAAUGAGAUUGACCAAGAGAAGGGAGAUUGAGGGAAUUGGUCGAGUGUAUUUGAACUUCUGCGCCGAUCAGCCGCUGCCCCUCUUCCCGGUAGAAGGCUUUGUCGAAUCACUUGUUGACCGAGCCGACAUCACACUUUUUGCGAUCAUUGCGAACUCCUUGCGCUAUGACAGCGCCACUCGGGAAACCUCGAGUAGUGCAGACAGUCAGACUUUCCGCGAUGCAGCUCAUUCCGGAGUCAUGGCAGAUGUUGGUCAUGGCGAUGUUAAAAUUUCGACUCUUCAAGCGCUCUGCCUCAUCACCUUCUUUGACUUUGCAAACGGCCGCAUGAAGAUAGCAUCGUCACUCAUGGCUCUGACGUCAAUUCUGGCUUCGGAUAUAGAUCGCUGGGCCUCUCCAGCGUUGCAUGGAUCAACCACCGAAGAGCGCAGAUGUUGCUACUGGAGUAUCACACUACUUGGAAGGUUGCUGGGUGCCACGACACCGUUAGGGAAAAUCCCAGACGUGAGGUCGCUGCCUUACCCCGGAAGUUGUUCCAUGCCGACUGGCGCAGUCCUUCGACCAGAAGUUAGGCAGGCAUAUGAACAGUCGAAAGAUGACAACGGAGUGAUAGUGUUCGUCAUCGAAAUGAGCGAAGAAUGGGUCAAGGUGAUGUCUUACGUCAAAGACUGCCUCGCAUCGACUCCGGAUGUAUCACCAUGGUUGACCACUUCCAGAUAUGCUGCAGCGCUAGCAGGUGUUAUGAGCAUCGAGACUAGACUAGUGCCUCUGCACAGGUACAAACAUGUCACUUUCCGCGAUCUGACCCUUGAGGAUCUCGAAGGAUGUCGUCAGUACUGGGCUCCGUGGCUCCUCAGUCGGUUCCUUUACCACACCAUGAUCUGCCUGCUCAAUCACCCUCUCCUGAUUACCCUACAGCUACAGGCUAAAGGCAAUGACUCCGAGUUGUUCCGACAACAGUCUUCUUUUUACGUGGCUCGCCAUGUGCACUGGAUUUUGCAUUUCAUCGCUUUUAUUGAGGCGAGGCAUUUCCGCAUCACAGAUCCCGUCCUAGGUUACUGCGCAGCAGUGGUGGCGACGAUUGAAUCGCAGCUGAUAUAUUCAGUCGAUGAGGUCACGGCACAGAAGAAAAGACGCAACAUUGAAAGUUGUCGACGGCUUAUUCGUAGUCUCGCGUCGUCGAAUCCCUGGAUGAUAGAGCUGGAUGGAAAGCUAGGAGCAUUGGACAAAAUCAUUUCGACCACAUACGCAUCUAACAUGAACAGUGCUGCAAGUGUCUCGGUCGAUCUGUCUCGGAUCAGGGACAUUCUCGACAUCUGUCCUCCUUCCUUUGCCUAUUCGAAUCCCAGACCGGUUAACCAAGGUACCACGGCCCCGACAACUGUUUCCGACGGCCCGAGCCCGUCGCAAUGGGUCCGUCUCUCCAGGAGGCCUUCCGUAGACCAACCUGACGAAGGUGGAUCGCCGACGCAAGACGAGAGUCGGACCCGCCACUCAGGCCCUGUCCUUGCACCUGACCUCUUAACAGAGAACGCAGCAUUGCAACCGGCCUCUCCGAUGCAGGGCGCCAGCGCCUCGAUAGAGCCUGCAGGUUUUCCUGCGGACUUGUUCUUCAACGGCAUCUCGCAAGACGUCUCCAGCUGGUGGAAUACAUUCGACACAUACGAUCCCGAUUACCCUAGCUUCUGAAGAGCGGAGAAUUGACAGACGAGCCUACCAAGAACCAUGUCAUAGUGUCACGAUAAGAAGCUGCCACCUUCACUGCCGAUGUUUAGGCGUGCAGUGUGGGGCGGGCUAACGGGUUGGAUCCGACGGAUGUAGUGGACCCCUGCUCGGCGGGGAAUCUAUGGUGGAUUGUA